UGAAAGUUCCGGGCCAUAAAUGGGUGGCAGUGGCAGCUUCCUCCAGCUUCAUCCACUCUCACGUUCCCAGACCCCUUCACACCCCGCACUUCCCAGCACCCUCACCCACUCCCAGCCAGGCCUCGGCUUCACACAGACUCUGCCCAGAUUCACUCACGCUCACAGCUUGCUGGCAGUCAGUCUCCGCUCAUCCUCCAUGGCAUCCCAUGCAGCUGCACUACUAGCGCUCAGCCUGCUGAUUCUCUGGACCUCCCCUGCUCUGGGAGAUGCCAACGACGCUGAAGACUGCUGCCUGUCUGUGGCCCAGCGCCCCAUCCCUGGAUUCCUGGUGCGAGCCUAUCGCUACCUGCUCAUCAACAAUGGCUGCAGGGUGCCUGCCGUUGUGUUCACCACGCUGAGAGGUCACCAGCUCUGUGCACCCCCAGACCAGCCCUGGGUGGGCCGCAUCAUCCGGAGACUGCAGAAGAACUCAGCCAAGGGAAAGCGCUACAGCAGGUAGCCCAUGAUAGCCCCAGAGGGAGCCCUGUGUCUGAGGGAAAGAAUGUGAAUCACUGAAGCCCUGGGGAACCAAGGACCAGAAGGGAGGACCAGGCCUCCUGCUCCCCUGCACCAGACCUGACCCAGCUGGGGCGGGGCAGGAGUGUGACUGUGUGAGUGUGAGUGUGAGUGUGGAUGAGUGUGGUGGAAGCACAACUUCUCCAUGCCCAGACCGCAAUGUUUCCA